AUGGUCUUCUACGAACCCGGCAAGACCGCCCACGGUCUCCCCCGGGACCCAUUCAAAGUAAAUCCACAUCUCCCCAGAUCAACCUCCUCUCCUCUCAGCUCAUACCAAUCCAACAAAAACAGGCCUGCGUAACCCCGCGCCCCAUCGGCUGGAUUUCCACGCGCAACCCCAAGACCGGCAUCGACAACCUCGCGCCCUUUUCCCAGUUCAACAACCUCACCUUCGACCCGCCCUACAUCAUGUUCGCCUCCAACCAGGACCUCAACUGCGAGCGCAAGAACACCGUCGCCAACGUCGAGAGCUCGCGGGAGUUCUGCUGGAAUCUCGCUACGUGGGGGUUGAGGGAGGAGGUGAAUGCGAGUGCGGAGUGGUUUCGGGAUGAGGUGGAUGAGUUUGUUAAGUGUGGGUUGGAGAAGGAGGAGGUAAAAAUUUUCCAGGUGUUUUUUUUCUCUUUGAUGGUUUUGGACUUGAUUUGACUCUUGUUCUUACGAAUUGGAUUGCGAUCUUGCUAAUUCUUGAGAUGUAUGAAACAGGCAAGUCUCGUCAACGUCCCCAUGGUCAAGCUCAGCCCCAUCAAAUUCGAAUGUCAAUACUAUUCCACCCUCCGAUUACCCGGAAACCCACCAAUGGGUACCGUCGACGUAAGGAAAAACCCCUCCCUCCCUCCCUCCUCCGUUAUUGAUCCACUCCCAGGUCGUCAUCGGCCGCGUGAUCGGCAUCCACAUCUCCGACCAGAUCCUCACCGACGGCAAAAUCGACCUGGGGAAAUCUCAACCCAUCGCCCGAUGCGGGUAUCACGAAUACGCCGUGAUUCGAUCCGAGGCCAUCUUCGAGAUGAUCAUCCCGGGGGAUCCGAAGCAGUUGGUGGGGUUGGAAGGGAAUGCGGAGCAGGCGAAGGGGUUGGAGUUGGAUGGGUAUAGAGCUUCCGGGUCGUGA